CUUCAAAGUUCCCGCCUUGUGAAAAAAGUUUCCGCUAACACACAUUGCUCACUACACAUUUCAUAUUUCAAUUACCCAAAAGUUGAAAAAGCCCUAAACCCCAAAACUCGCCGGAAAAUUGACGAAUUCUCGCCGUCGACGCCGUGUAAUGUCGACUUGGCAGAUAUUUUCCGAUGCCGGAGACAAUUUCCGGUGGGAAGUUUCUCCAUCACAUCAACCCUCCCACCAGCAAACCAACCACCAUUGCUCUACUCCUCCGCCUUCUCUUCCUUCCUUCCACGAUGUUCUGCUUCAAGGAUGUUCGAAGAUUUUGGAGGAUUGUGACAAUCGAAAUGUUGUUGAUGAUGAUAUUCCGAUGUUUCGAACUGGAUCCGGGAGUUCUGUUGUUUUGAAGAAAUCGUCGAUUGCGAAAGCUUCUUCUGUUCUUGGUGAUGAUUUUAUCGAUAAUUUUGAUACAGAGCAACCAUGUUUUAAGGGAAAUGGGUUCAGUACUCCUAAUUCUAUGUUUCAAACGGGCUCUGGGAAGAAAGUUAAUGUAUCUUCUAGUGGGCUUCUUAGAGCUAGAGCAUUGUUGAGUGUCGAAGAAAGUAAUGAUGAUUUCUCUACCCAAGGGUCUGAGCCUGCAAAGAAGAAAUUUCGUGGUGUGGACACGUCUGCAUUUGAAAAACAUUCAUCUUCAGGGAAGAGGAAGUUUGGGAUCAGCAGUAUGGGAGCCAAUAAGGAUAUGCACUUCUCAAAGUCUCCGUUUCAUUUGAAGAGUGAUUCGUCUGGAGCUGAGUUUGGUGAUGAGGAUUUUGCUAAACUUAUACGACCAGAGAUGUCUGAUUCUAUCUGCAAACCGCCCGCAAUUAAGUUCAAUACUGCUGGUGGCAGAUUCAUAUCAGUUUCUAGGGAUGCCUUGCAGCGAGCGCGAAACCUUCUUAGCGAUCCAGAGAUGGACAGUCCUUCACAUGAGGGAGAUGUAGGUGCUUCCAUGUUUUCGUUUAUCAAGGCUGGAGAUUCUGAUGGGAGCUUCUUUAAUAAGGAAAAUAAGACUGAUUACUCUCAUAAAUCUGAACAAAAUCCAAAGAUCUUUGUAUCUCCAAUGAAAUCAUCUUCUACUAUGAAGCCAUUGUUAGAAACCAAAUCAGAGAACUUGAUCUCAGGGACCAAUUUAAUGAGGAAAUUCGAUGCUGAGGAAAGUAACUGCAAAUCAAAUGGUAAACUAUCGUGCCCGACAAAUAGUUUGCAAGGAAAGUCUAAUGUACCUGAUCCAGUUCUGCAGCCCUCCAUGGCCAAUGGUGCUGGUCCAGGAUUCCAUAGAUUCUCAAAGUCAUCCGGGGUGCCACUAUCUGAUAUAUCAAACACUAUAGGCAUUGACUCUAAAGUCUCUGCAAUUAAAAAAGGAACAACCACUGAGCUGAAGAGACUUGGGAAAAGAAGUUCUGUUUCUCCAUUCAAAAUGCCAAGAAAUUCAAAGUUCAUCACUCCUCUGAAUAGCAACCUUUCUUCCAUCCCUGAUGGAUUGUCCAGCAGGGAAUCCGAGGCUUCAAAUUGUCGAAAAAGAGUUUGUACCCGUUACCCCUUUCAGAAUUCAAGAUUGUAUGUCAAGGAAUUUUUUGAAAAGCCUCCGACCUAUCCAGAAUUGCUGGACCAUAUUCCAGAGGAAGUGCGGCAGAUAACCCCUCGAACGUCAGAGAAAUACACAUUUGUUGAUGGAUCCCAGCGGUUUGGUGUUGAAAAUUUCUACCAUCUGUUGGUUCAGUCUGGAGCUUCUGUGCAACAUGCAUCAAAAGAGUGGGUCACAAAUCACUUCAAGUGGAUUGUGUGGAAACUUGCAAGCUAUGAGAGGUGUUAUUCAUCUAAAUCUAUGAAGAAAUUUUUAACUAUUUCUGAUGUGCUUGAGGAAUUAAAGUAUAGAUAUGAACGUGAAGUUAACCAUGGUCAGCGUUCUGCAAUCAAAAGAAUUCUAGAAGGAGAUGCAUCACCUUCUUCCAUGCUGGUGUUAUGUGUCUCUGAGAUUGAGGAUCCAAGUACAAGUAUGGCAGAUAAGAGUAGCAAUUCUAGAAUAGAACUUACUGAUGGGUGGUACUCAGUAUGUGCCCAGUUAGAUCUUGUGCUGUCAAAGCAACUUGAUGCGGGGAAGUUAUUUGUGGGACAAAAACUACGGAUAUGUGGAGCUGGUUUAAUUGGCUGGAACGGACCUGUUUCUCCGCUCAAGGCAUCACCAUUAAUUAGUUUAAUGCUGCACAUUAAUGGAACGUACAGAGCUAGCUGGCAUGAACGCUUAGGAUUAUGUAGAGGAAUGUGUGCACCAUUGGCAUUCAGAUGCAUCAAGGAUAAUGGAGGUCUAAUCCCUAGGACCCUAGUUGGAGUUACUAGGAUGUACCCUGUCCUUUACAGGGAAAGGUUAAAGAGUGGAGGCUAUAUUGUGAGGUCAGAAAAGUUGGAGGCUUCACUAACUCAGCUUUACAACCGGAGGCGCUCUAACAUUAUAGAAGGACUUACAUCAGACUUUCAGAGAGGUUUGGUUGGUUCUUGUACAGAGGAUGACUAUGACAAUGAAGGAGCAAAGAUCAUGAAGAUGCUUGAGAGUGCUGCUGAACCAGAACUAUUGAUGGCAGAAAUGAGUUCUGAGCAGCUAGCAUCAUUCUCCAAAUAUCGAGCAACCAUUGAUGAGACAAGGCAGGGUGACUUGCAGAGGUUGAUUGAGAAAGCACUUGAAGACGCUGGAUUAAGUGCUAGAGACGUCACCCCAUUUAUGCGAGUUAGGGUUGUUGGAUUAAAAAGUAGAGGACAAUACAAAGGUGAAGUUCAAAGAGAGGGAUUAAUUACAAUUUGGAAUCCUACCGAACAGCAGAAGCUAGAGCUCGUAGAGGGGCAGGCUUAUGCUAUUUCAGGUCUUAUACCAUCGCAUUCUGAUCUAAGUACGCUAUAUUUACAAGCUAGAGGUUCUAGCACCAAAUGGAAGCCUUUGACUACUAAAGAGAAGGAAUCAUUUGGGCCCUUCUUUAAUCCUCGCAAGCCAGUAUCAUUGUCAAGAAUGGGGGAGGUUCCUUUGUCCAGUGAAUUUGAUACAGCCAUGCUGGUUUUACAUGUGGGCCUUGAGUAUAUAUCUGGUAAGCAAAAGAAACAGUGGGUGUUUGUUACUGAUGGAUCCUUGUGCGAAACAGAAGUAUCAACAUUCUCCUUGCUGGCUAUUAACUUCUGUUCACCGUGUGGUGAUGACGAUUCCUUAUCUCUAGUCAAUUAUAACCUUGUUGGCAGCAUAAUUGGCUUCUGCAAUCUUGUGAAGAGAACUAAGGAUCAUGUAAAUCUUAUGUGGGUAGCGGAAGCUACUGAAAAUUCGACAUAUUACCUUAAAUACAAUCAUCCUUACUGUUCCCAUCUCAAGGAUGCCUUUGGGCUAGUAAAGAAAUGGCAGCAGAGUGCAAGCUCGACAAUCGAGAAGCUCAGGGAGAAGAUUUUGCAUAUAGUUGGUGGUCCUAAAGGUUAGGAUGUCUAAAACCUGACUGUUGUUGAUUAUUAGCAGGAGCUGAAUCCAGGUUCCUGUAUGAGCCCUAGCAAGUUCUAAUAUUGAAUCUUCUUAUACCAUGCUCUGACAUAUAUGGAGCAUCCAUGCAACAUAUGAAAUAGAUGAAGCGUGCAUCUUAGGAGCUCAAAUUUUUAGCUGGAUCAGUGAAAGAGGGUGUAUCAAACUAUUUGGAAUCCCGCAAGUGAUGAUACUUCUCCAAGCUGUCUCUCAGCUACAAAGCACGACCUACAACCAGCAGGAUGAUCUUUGUUUCUGUCCAUCAACAUAGCCAAAUGACAGACAGAUGCUGGGAUAACCAGGCAAGACAACAAACAUGUAAGGUUGUGGUAAGAACAUCCUUUUCAAGCUUGGAAACUUGAUGGCUGCAAUCAACCUAAUAUGUAACACAACACUGCCCCUGAAUGAUCUGAUACAACUUCAAGCAUUUAGAUGGAGGUUGCGUCUGCUAGAAUUGGCCAGAGUCAUGCUAGUCUGUUCCUGCAGGACAUUGCCAAAUUUGUACAGCAAAGGGGGGCUGAUGAGUUAUUUAAUGUAACAAUAUCUGUAAUUGUGUAAAUUCAGCAUAUUAGGUUGUACAGCCCCCCUCCCCCAACACAGAAAAUAGGUACACACGAAGAAACCUUGAAAAUUGAAUGAAAGAGCUGGAUCAAUUGAGUUGUAGAUAUUUGGAAGUUGUUAUCAUCUUGUACCCAGCAAUGAAUUAUUGGAAGAUUAUCACUUUUUCUUCCUCUAAAGGAUAAGUCAAACUGUUUAUUCAAGACAGGAUGAAAGUAUAGCUCCGUAAAACAGUCCCUUUGAGACAAGAAUGGUUAAGGCUCAAGUUAAGCUGGUGAACAAAUGUGAGUUGGCUUUGGCCUGCCAGAGUUGGUCCGCUAGUCACCUCUAACUUCACAAGUUUGCAUAGAAUUUGGAUUCAUGUUUCGAUAAAUGAUGAAGCCUAAUUAUUCACUUAUAAUAUACUCCCUCUGUUUAAAUAUAACGGUUACAAUUUUCUAUUUUAGUCAUUUUAGAAUAAUGAUUACACUUGCAUUUUUUUUAUUUGAAAAAUAUAAACCACUUCUUUUUAAACUUUAGCUCCA